AAAGCCGAGGAAAGGUCAGAGAGGCCCCCCCUCUCCCCGCCCCCAUUACGUCUGAAGAGAGCCUCUCUGGUCCGCAUUUCGCAGUCGUUGACCUGUCGGAAUCCUAAAUUUUUCUUUUGGGGUUUCCAUUUCUAUACGCCCAUCGACCGGGGAGACUAAUAUUUGACCGAUCGUAUUUGCCGCUUUAGAAGCAACGGAAAAGGGCGGAAAGACUAUUUCCUUCUUUCGUCUGGCACCUGAGGGUUAGGGUUUGCAUGAUGAUGAUUUGAAAAUUGGAGGUCCUCCACGGAGUUUCGCUUUCGAAGGGUUAGGGUUCAAGAAUUCAGUCGAAUGGAAACGUCCGGAAACAAUCCCGAAGUGGCGUACAGGAGACGAUACGGAUUGCUAUCUGCUUCGAAUAUCAUUCAGGCACCACUAUCGGCGUUGUUGGAGUACUCGGGUCUUGUUCGUGCCAGGUCUAAUCACCAAGAGGCCGAGGGUUUGAUUCACGGACGCGUCUCUUCCCUCCAUGCUCAGCUCGACCAGCCUACAACGAGUACCCCCAACCAUGGGGAGGUCUCCAUUAGGAUAAUCGGUGCAGGGGAGCACGACCAACAUGAUGAUAGGGAAGCCACAUCCACUGGAUUGGUAGUUGGGCAGCAGCAGGGUGGAGAGGUCGCUGCUCCUAAUGAAACGGUUGGGAUGGCAUCGGAGGGCCAGGAAGGAGAUUCCACGAUUGAUCGUGGCGGAGUGGGAGAGGGAAUUUCCCAAUCCGUAAGCGCAGGUGCUGAUGGAGAAGCUGUGGAUGGAAGCACGGCUAAUGGGAGGGACUCUUCUUACCAGAGAUAUGAUAUUCAGCAGGCUGCUAGGUGGAUUGAGCAGGUCCUCCCCUUUUCUUUGCUUCUGUUGGUGGUCUUCAUUCGGCAGCAUUUGCAAGGUUUCUUUGUUACUAUUUGGAUUGCUGCGGUCAUGUUCAAGUCAAAUGAUAUUCUACGUAAACAGACAGCUCUGAAGGGAGAGAGGAAAAUAUUUGUUCUGAUUGGCAUUUCUCUUGCAUUCACAAUUCAUGUGGUUAGCGUUUACUGGUGGUAUCAGAAUGACGAUCUUUUGUCUCCAUUGGUGAUGCUUCCUCCAAAAGCUAUACCACCUUUCUGGCAUGCUAUUUUCAUCAUCAUGGUGAAUGAUACCCUGGUUCGGCAGGCAGCAAUGAUACUCAAGUGUAUUCUCUUGAUGUAUUACAAGAACAGCCGAGGCCGAAAUUAUCGUAAGCAGGGUCAAAUGCUUACUUUGGUUGAAUAUUUGCUGCUACUGUACCGUGCCUUACUGCCAACACCGGUCUGGUAUCGUUUCUUCUUGAACAAAGAAUAUGGAAGUCUCUUUUCAUCACUGAUGACAGGGCUGUAUCUAACAUUCAAGCUCACAUCCGUUGUCGAGAAGGUGCAAUCCUUCUUUGCGGCAUUGAGAGCAUUAUCACGUAAAGAGGUGCAUUAUGGGGCUCAUGCAACAUCAGAGCAGGUUAACGCAGCAGGAGACAUGUGCGCUAUUUGUCAGGAGAAGAUGCAUGCUCCUAUUCUACUUCGUUGUAAACACAUAUUUUGUGAAGAUUGUGUGUCAGAGUGGUUUGAGAGGGAACGGACUUGCCCGUUGUGCAGGGCUUUGGUCAAACCUGCUGAUCUCAAAUCGUUCGGCGAUGGAUCAACUAGUCUCUUUUUCCAGUUGUUCUAAAUUCUUUUGCUGUAAACCGGGGAGUUUUUCUGGUUUGAAGCUCUAAAUCCUUAUUCAAAUCAGCUUUCUCCUGAUCUCUUCGGCUACAUAAGUAAUUUGACUGUAUUUGGCUCUGCCUUGCUCGUGGGUUGCACUGGAAAGCUAAUUGAAGUGCGUGGCUAGUAUUGAACUGGCAAUAUGUUCAUACGUUGUAUUAAGAAAUGUUGAAAUGUAUGUAAUGGGCCCUUAAAGAUAGAGGAAGUUUUAUGGAAAAAAAAAAAAAAAAAAAGAGAAGAAGCUACAGAGGAACUAGUUGUAAGUACUUAUCAUAUAUGUCAAAUUUGCCAUGAAUGAAAAUUUUUUUUCCCUUUUUUUUUUCA